AUGAAUGUCCGUGAGCGUCUGAAGAUGCUCCUUGAAGGAGAUGAGGGUCUCAAAGACUUGGAUACCCACUUGAACCAGGCUCGAGCCGUCCAACCUGCCCCAGGUGCGGAUAAAGCUGACCCUGUCGAGUCCAACAAAGCUAAGCAAGGCGUAAGUGGACAUGCUCUCCCAGUUGAUUUUGACCCGGAGAAUGGCAUGGAGUACCGUGGCCAGUUUCCUUUGUCGUACAUUCGUACCCAUGUGGUUGGAGAGCUAGCUGGGUCGGAAGACAAGCUUUUGACCAUCGAGCAGGAUGGUCGCCCCCACGGUCGUACCUCGAAGAUGCGCCUUGAUCUCUCUGGCUUGCCCAAAGAUGACUGGGGCGGCGGCGGUGUUUCUGACAGGGAUUCCGACGAGGAGCAGGUCACUGCGAUCCCAGUUUCCCAGUCGUUCACUUCGGCCGUCACAAUGGCUCGUUUCCCUUUCAAAUACCUCCAAGGAGAGAAUUCCAAGAGAGUUAAUGAGCAGUUCUAUAAGAGGGAUAAGUUCUGGAGUCGAACCUGGGACCUGUAUUAUCUGUCUGUCCCAAGGGUUGUUUCUCAAACCCCGUUUCUUUUGAUUCGCACUUCCCAAGCUCAAGCACUGCUCGAGGAAAUCAAUUCGGCUCUGAACCUCAAUUUGACUCUCACGGGCGUUGGUAAGGAAGGCCUCGUGAUUGAAAUUGACGAUGAAAAGCUGCCGCAGCCUGUGUACCUUGGACGAAGCAGCAGCCGUGAUCGAAAGGCUAAAUUGGAGGGCAAGGUUCCCUCGCCUCCAGAAAAUUGGGGACCCUGGGCACAGCUGGUUGAGCCGCAUGUUUUCGAGGACUUUGAAAGAAAAAUCAAGCAGUCUAUCGCCACAAUCAAGACCAAGAAGAAUACCCAAAAGCAGGCAGCCCAAGAUGCUCGAUUGAAGAAGUGGCAGGAGUGCCUAUGCCGUGUGCAGGCCUACUUUGGGCUGCGUCCUGUGUUGCAGCCGAAUGUUACACAGCCGUCGUUUGCCAAUGGUCAGAUUGAAGCGAUUGAUGUUCUGAAACCUGUCAAAUGGGCCUUUCAAGAUGCCCCCAUUUUCAUCAGCAUUGAUCUUGAGUGGAUGGACUGUCACGGCUCUCUGGGAUCUCUGACUGAGGUCGGAAUUUCGACUCUGGAUAUGUUGGAUUUGGAAGAUGUGUUCCCUGGUGAUUAUGGAGAGAUGUGGGUGAAACGAAUUCGAUCCCGCCACCUACGUGUGAAGGAGUACCGAAACUGGGUUAACGAUACUUACACUCCCGGAUGUCCUGGUCGCUUCCGAUUCGGCGAGAGUGAGAUGAUUCCAUACGCCGAAAUUGCGAACGUUGUGGACGCUGCAUUCCACCCCCCAUACAUGGUUCCCUUGGAGGAAGAAAAGAUCGCCGCACACAAGUACCAGAAGCGCACCGUGAUCUUGGUCGGUCUCGACCUCCAUGGUGACAUUACCCAUCUCCAGAGAGCGGGAAGCCAGGUUUUUAUCAAUCUGAACGAAACAUCUUCGGUCAUUCGUGAGACUGUCGAAGUGGCAGAGCUGUACCGUGUUAAUGCCGGGGAGAACCAGAACCGGGGUCUUCGAGCACUGCUGGGAUUGCUGAAUAUUUUGAGUCCUGACCUGCACAAUGCCGGAAAUGAUGCAUACUACACCUUGCACGCUCUUCUGCGAUUGAUGUUGAGAGCAGCUGGGGAGAAGCCGUGGGGCUAUGAAAGCGCCAAAGUCGGUAACGACGAGCCCAACGUUAAGCGGAGUGAUGAGCGCAAGGGUGAGCCCCCUGUCACGGCCAAUACCAAGAAUCAACACCAGGAUGAGCGCGAUGGACCCACGUUUGAACCCGCGGCUGCAAUGUAUGAAGAAACCGACAACAACACUGACGAAGUCCCCGUUUGGAGUCACUAA